GGUGUCCAUUGUUAUCAAGCUAGUUACCAUUGCCGGAUAAGUAAUUCUAGUGUAAAAAAUAUUUUAUGCAGUCGGCAUUCUUCGUAAUCUAAAUGUCACUUUGUUAUAAAUUUGAGGCCAAAACACUCAUAAAAGAAGGCAGAGUUUCCCAGAAUGAUGUUGAAGAAAUCAAAAUAUGGCUGCAAACAACGUCUAUACCCCAACUCCAUGACGAACUUAUAGCUCUCUUUCUGUUAUCGUGUCAGAAUGAUGUGGCCUCUACUCAAGCCACUAUAAAACAACAUUUUAAAAUUAAAGGUGACGCUCCGGAAUUUUUUACAGAAAGGAAUGUAGAUAGUGAAGUUCUAAAGAAGGCAAUGAAUGUUAUAGUAUGUUGCAGUAUUCCUAAACGGAUGUCAGACAACACUGUCAUCCACUUCUUCAAACUAACCGACACGAACUACAAAAAUUUUGAUUUAGUGGCUUCAAUGAAACUGUCACUAAUGUUAUUGGAUGUAAGCCAAAGAUACAAUCCUCCGAAUCAAUUGAUCGUUGUGAUAGACAUGAAAGGAUCAACAUUUAUGCACUUGACCUGUCUCAAAAUUAUGGCUGUGAAAAAAUUCAUAGACUUCAUGCAAGAAGCAAUGCCACUUAGGAUCCAUAAGAUUCAUAUUCUGAAUGCUAAUUAUAUCUUUGAUAAAGCUCUUGCGAUUGCUAAGGUUUUCAUGAAUGCGGAAUUGUUAUCACAGAUUAUUCCACAUUCACCCAAAAUGACCAUGGAAGAAUUUCACAGAGACUGUAUUCCUGCUGCUUAUCUUCCUGCGGAGUAUGGUGGCAAUUUACCCAGUUGUGAUGAAUUAAAUCAAAGAACCGUGGAACAGUUUGGUGAGUUGAAAGAAUUUUUUCGAGCAGACGAAGAACUUGUAACAUGUUAUGCAAAUAAUCAGAAGCAAUCACGAUAAAAUAUACUUUGUUUUGUUGGUAUAAUUUGUAAAUUAAGAUAUGGCUGAGUAAGUAAA